AUGUCGUUGGUUGAAAAGCGAAUAUUUAAAAGGAAGUUGAAAAAACUGCAAGAAUCUGCAAAAGUCAAAAAGCCAAGAAUUGAAAAAGUGGUAGCUGGUAAUGGCAGUGAUAAUCAUAACAGUAAUGACAACAGCACCAGUAAUGUCGAAAUUGGCGAUAGCAGUAACUUGACCGCAACGGAGAAAGAAAAGGUAACUAGCUUUCCUCCAUCAUCCCUUUCUUCUGUUGCGUUUGAUACGCUUAAUGAUGUCGUUUCUGAACCCACACUAGCAGCUAUCAGAGAUAUGGGAUUUACGCAUAUGACAGAGGUUCAAUCACGUUGUAUACGGCCGCUAUUGGAGGGUCGUGAUGUGCUUGGAACAGCUAAAACUGGUAGUGGUAAAACCCUGGCUUUUCUGAUACCAGCAAUCGAGCUUCUUUACAAGCUCAACUGGAAGGUAAGGAACGGUACGGGAGUGCUCAUUAUAUCUCCGACAAGGGAACUGUCGAUGCAAACGUAUGGAGUGUUAAGCGAACUACUGGAGAAACAUCCAUCUUUCACACAUGGGCUUGUUAUGGGUGGGGCUAACAGGAAGGCUGAGGCAGAAAGACUUUAUAAGGGUGUUGGUUUUCUUGUAGCUACUCCUGGAAGGCUUUUGGAUCAUCUGCAGAAUACUGAAGGUUUCAUGGUGAAGAACUUAAAAUGUUUAAUAAUUGAUGAAGCUGAUCGUAUACUGGAUAUCGGAUUUGAACUUGAAAUGCAACAGAUUUUGCGAAUUUUGCCAAAAAAGAGACAAACAAUGUUAUUUUCUGCUACAGUUACCUCAAAGGUGGAUGGGUUAAUAAAAUCAGCGCUUCAUUCUGAGCCUCUUCGUUUUGGCAUUGGCGAUAGUGGAGACGAUGGGCAAGACGUUGCUACUGUUUCGGGCUUACAACAGGGUUAUGUUGUUUGUCCGUCGGAAAAACAGCUUUUACUUUUAUUCACCUUUUUAAAGAAGAAUAAAGACAAGAAAAUAAUGGUCUUCUUUUCAUCGUGCAAUUCGGUCAAAUUUCAUUACGAGCUAUUCAAUUACAUUGAUAUUUCAGUGCAGUGCAUUCAUGGCAAACAAAAGCAACAAAAACGGACUUGCACCUUCCUUUCCUUCUGUGAGGCACAAUCGGGUAUUCUCUUUUGCACAGAUGUAGCAGCAAGAGGUUUAGAUAUCCCACAAGUUGACUGGAUUGUACAGUAUGAUCCUCCUGAUGAACCUCGGGAGUAUAUACAUCGUGUGGGUCGAACGGCUCGUGGUGAAAAUGCUGUUGGUCAUGCGUUACUACUAUUACGUCCUGAAGAGCUUGGGUUUUUACGUUAUUUAAAACAAGCCAAAGUUCCGGUGAAUGAAUUUGAGUUCUGUUGGAGUAAGAUUGCCAACAUUCAGCCUCAACUGGAAAAAUUGAUCGAACAAAAUUAUUACUUAAACAAAUCUGCAAAGGAAGCAUACAAAGCAUACGUAAGGGCGUAUGACUCGCACUCACUAAAAAGUAUUUUCGACGUUCGUAACCUUGACCUCGUGGCUGUGUCUAAGUCCUUUGGAUUUUCUACACCUCCAUUUGUCGACCUCCCAAUUACAAACAAGCCUAAGAUGUCCCACUGUGAUGAUUGUCCAAAUUUUGCUGAAACAAAAUACGAAUACCUGGACCAUACAGCAGAUGUACAGCUACAUGCAUGGGGCAGUACGCUAAGUGAAGCAGUUGAACAGGUAGUGGUAUCAAUGUAUGGUUACAUGACUGAACUUUCGACUGUCAGUAGUGAAUACUCUUAUGACCUUCACGCAAGCGGCAUCGAUCUAAUUUCGAUGGUAGCGCGCCUUCUUGACGAAGCGUUGUAUGCUUUUUCUACUGAACCUUAUUUUGUUGGACGUGUAGCGAAGGUACUCUCAUUGAAUCGUGAGAAAUCGGAAGUUACUGUACGGUGUUGGGGUGAGUCGUUUGAUUUGGAUCGUCACCCUCAAGGUACUGAAAUUAAGGCGAUCACCUACUCGAAUAUGCAGAAAUUGAGACAGUUGUUAGAGGCGUCGGAGGCUAAAAGACCAAAAUUGGAGGAGACGAAAGGUAGCGGUGAUGGAAAUAAUGGAGAUGAAACUGAAGAGACGGCAGUUUCUCCGACUACAUCCUUUCUUACUUCGUCAACGUUUGGCUCAUUAAAAGAGCUUGUUUCUGAACCCACACUCUCAGCUGUUAAGGAGAUGGGUCUCACUUAUAUGACAGAAGUGCAGUUGCAGUGUAUUAAACCGCUGUUGGAAGGGUACGAUGUGCUUGGUACUGCUAAAACUGGAAGCGGGAAGACAUUGGCAUUCUUAAUACCAGCAGUAGAAUUACUUUACAGAAGUAAAUGGGAAGCUAAGGACGGACUCGGGGUGCUUAUAAUUACUCCUUGCAGAGAACUGUCCAUACAAACCUAUUCCGUCUUGAGCGCCCUUCUAAAAAAACAUCCAUCGUUUACUCACGGGCUUGUUAUGGGUGGAGCUAACAUAAUAGAUGAAGCGGAGAAACUCUCAAAAGGAGUGUGUAUUUUAGUUGCAACACCGGGCAGGUUCCUGGAUCAUUUAAAACAUACUGAGGGUUUCAAUGCAGAUAAAUUGAAAUGUCUAAUAGUCGAUGAAGCUGACCGUGUAUUUGAUGCCGAGUUUGAGCGAGAUAUGCGACAAAUUCUAAAUAUUUUACCGAAGAAGAAGCAAACAAUGUUAUUUUCUGCAACAGUUACAGCAAAGGUGGAAAAUUUUGUGAAGGAUGUUAUUCGGUCUGUUCCCUUACGUUUUGGUCCAAAUGACAGUACCGAUACAGAUCAAAACACAGCAACCGUUUCUGGUUUGCAGCAGGGUUACGUUGUAUGUCCAUCCGAAAAAAGAUUUUCGCUUUUGUAUAAUUUUUUAAAAAGAAACCUUGAAAAAAAAGUCAUGGUUUUUUUUUCAACAUGCGAUUGUGUCAGAUUUCAUGGCAAGUUACUCGAUCACAUGGGAGUUCCUGUGCAGUUCAUUCAUGGUAGGCAAAACCAGGACAAACGGACCAGCACUUUUUUUUCCUUCUGCAGUGCGAAAUUUGGCAUUCUGUUCUGCACCAACCUCGCAGCCCGGGGCUUGGACAUCCCACAAGUUGACUGGAUUGUACACGUGGGCCGAACUGCCCGUGGCGAAAAUGGAGUUGGUCGCGCAUUACUAUUUUUGCGCGAAGAAGAGCUAGGAUACCUACAAGUGUUGAGAGAUGCGGAUGUUCCUCUGAAAGAAUUUGAGUUUUCUUGGAAUACAAUUGCUGACGUGCAGUCAAAGAUCAGAAAGCUUCUCAAGCAGAACUAUCAUUUGAGCAAUUCUGCUAAGAACGCAUACGCAUCUUUUGUAAAGGCAUAUAGCGCUCACAGACUAAAGGCUGUUUUCGACGUUCAUGAUCUGGACCUCACAGCUUUAUCUAAAUCGUUUGGAUUUUCCAAACCCCCACUCGUGGAUCUCCCGAUCAGAAAGAAUUCUAAGGUCUCAAAAAUGAUUUGUUAUCUUGUUCCAGCUCCUUUAAAGAUUCAGCUUAGUCUUCCGCCUGUACGCGCCACUUGUUUGUUUGCCCAUAUGCAGUGUAGCAAAGUUAGUGCAGAGGAGAAUUAUUAUGUUGCGUGUGAAAGUAAUUUUCACGCUUGUCAGGAAAAAGGAUGGUUUAUAAGAAUUGGGCGUUAAGC